AGGUCCCGGGCGCAGCCUGGGGAGUGAACAGGCCCGGGCGCUCUGGGGCGCACAAAGCGCAGGCGCAGCGGGUUGGGAGGCCGCAGCACCAAGUAGCGGCCGUUUUGGCAGCAGCGUCGCAACAGGUGUAGACAGGUUCCGCCUGACUCUGCCCUGGAAAGUCCUUUUGAGGAAAUGGCCCUGGUGAGGGGCGGCUGGCUGUGGAGACAGAGCUCCAUCCUCCGCCGCUGGAAGCGGAAUUGGUUCGCCCUGUGGCUGGAUGGAACCCUGGGCUACUACCACGAUGAGACUGCGCAGGAUGAGGAGGACCGCGUGCUCAUCCACUUCAACGUCCGAGACAUAAAGAUAGGCGAAGAGUGCCGCGAUGUGCAGCCCCCAGAGGGCAGGAGCCGAGAUGGCCUGCUGACUGUGAACCUACGAGAGGGCGCCCGCCUGCACCUGUGUGCAGAGACCCGGGAUGAUGCCAUAGCAUGGAAGACGGCACUGCUGGAGGCGAACUCCACCCCGGCCCCAGCUGGAGCCACCGUCCCUCCCAGGAGCCGCCGGGUUUGCCCCAAGGUCAGGUGUGUGACCCGCUCGUGGAGCCCCUGUAAGGUUGAGAGGCGGAUCUGGGAGACCUGGCACUUCCUUCAAGGCAAGGAUCAAGUUAGGUCAGCUCUGCCCCUGUGGAACCUGGCACAGUGCUGGGUAUACAGCCGGUGCACAAUGAGUGCUCAGUGAUGGGGACAGUCUAUUUUGACCCUCCUAUUCCUGGUGCAUGAGGGUGGGGUACAAGUAGGCCUCAAGCAGUAGUCACUGAAUGGGCAAAUGAGUGAAUGAAUAAAGAGAGGAAGGAAGGAGUAAAAAAAACCUCUGUUAUGGCCUCACUACUGCGUAUUAUAAUUUAGUCCGUGUCUGUCUCCCUGCCACACACCCCUCUCCCCAGUGUUUCUGGAAAGCAGGAUUUGGGGAUGAAUCCCCUCUCUGUCUCCAGCACUCAGCCUGACCUGGGGUGGGCACAGUGGGGGGCUUGGGUUAGAGUACCUGUGGUCAACUGUGAACUCCUUUUCUAGCACAGUGGUGCUCAAUGUGGCUGUGCAUUAGAAUCGCUUACGGACUUAAGAACAAUUCAAAUGUUCAGCUCCUACUUCUGGAUGCUCUAAUUUUGUAGUUCUGGGUGGGGCCUUGGAAACCUAUGGUUUAAAAAAUUUCUCCUGACGAUUCUGAUGUGCAGAACCACUGAGCCCAGAAGUGCUAGGACCACCUCGAUGCAUAGACAUGGUUCUGCUGGAUUCUCACUGUGCCUUGGGAGUGGGCAGUGUAGGAAAGACUGUCCUCAUUUACAGAUGAGAAAACUAAAGCUCUGAGAGGUUACAUAACAUGACCGGGGUCACUUAAUUCAUCAGUGGCAGGGCUGGGAUUCCCAGCCCAGCAUUCUGAGGCAUCCCCCAUACCCAAACUAGGAUACAAGUUCGUUUAAAGUGGGGAUGCCAAAAAAUUGAAUUUAAAAAGCUAUAAACUUGAGCUUUUCUGAGGGGAGGGGUCCAUUUGCAUGUGACCUCCUGAUUGACUGACCCUGUCCCCACCUACAAAAGGGGCUGGGCCUGGAGUGGGAGAGGAUCAGGAUCAAACCCUUAGAUUCUGUGAGGUCUCUGGGGAAUCCCCUGCCACGUUGCCAGGUGACCCACAUGAGCUUACCUCUGGGCCUCUUAGUCCUGGAGGGUAGAAACAGGUGCCCCACAGAGACAUGAGAUGGUGUUUUCCACUUUCUCCAGGGCCUGACAGGCCCACUGGCUCACAGUGCAGGGCAGAUGUAGGACCUCAACUUCCCUACCAGUAAACCUGGGGCUCUGAGUGCUUAGAUCUCUCUAGCCCCUUCUAGGCUUAGAGCUCAGAUCUUGGUCACCCCUACCAGAAAGCCCUAUUGGAUCACCCUUGGGGAAGGAGCACAGUAAGGGAAGUCACUUGAGACUGAGCAUUGUUCGUCUGAGCCUCCUGCAUUGCCCUGGGUCUGGUCAUUGUCCCUAACUUGAAACUGGACUUAGAGUUGGGUGACCUUAGUUCCAGUCUGACCCUGUAUUUGACUCACUUGAGAUAAAUUCAAUACAUUAGGCACCUACCAUGUUCCAGUCAGGCCUGAUUAGACCCAGUCCCUGCCCUUGUUGGGGGCAGGGGGUGUUUUCUUCAAGUCUGAUGGAGGAGACACCUCACAGGGAUACAACAAUGACACCAUAGAGUGGUUGGUGCUGUGAUGAUGGAAGUCUAAGGGCCGUGGGUGCCCAGAUGGGACCCUAACAGAACCUGAGGUUCAGGGAGAGUGAUAUGUGAGUUGAGUCUAAAAGACAGGUUAGGUAGUUGAAUGAAAAAAGGUGAGAAAGGAAUCCCUUUCAAAGGGAAAUGGCAUGGAUACUUGAAAUCACAGGUGUGCUUGGAGGACUCCCCUUUACAGCCGGACUUCUUAAAAGAGAUGUCAUGACAUGCUGAUUCCAUCCCUCUUCUCUCAACCAUUCUUCAGUCCUCCAUAGUCUGGCUUCUUUCUCCAACCACUCCUCUGAAAAGUGUUUUCAUGGUCGCCCACAAUUUCCAAUAAACCAAUGGCUUAUUCUCUUGGCACUGGACAAGAGGAUGGACAGAAGAGCAUAUUCAGAAGAUAAAAUCAUGAGAUCUGGUGGCUAAUAUGAUGUGGAAGAUGUGUGUGAAGACAGCGGUGCCAACCUGAUGUCUUGGUAUGAGUGCAUGGUGGUGGCAUUUAGAGGAAAGCAUUCACAAAAGAGCAGGUUUGGGGGGAUCGAAGGAUAAUGAAAUUACUUUGAGAUGGUUUAAGUUUGGACACCUGGACUUUUAAGGGACCACCUGGACCAUUUAGGUGUUAAGCUCAGUUAGAGAUAUAAGGUGCAAGGGGCCUAAGAAGUCUGUUCCAAGUCUGUUCCCCAUGGAUAAAAUGAGGGUCUUGGAUUAAAAGCUUCCAUUUAAUUCAGCAUAUAUUUAUUAGUCCUUGCUAUUCCCUAGGCCCUGCUGGCAACACAAAUGAAUCAAAGCCCUUGCCAGUAGGCAGCUCACAUUCAGGGUGCAGGCAGGAAAGGCCAGGAGGAAGGCUAGGAACAAGAGGCACAAGCAUAGUCCACAGAGAACUCAGGAAGAAAGGAUUCUUUCUGAGGCCAGAAGGGCUUCCUGGAGUGGGUGACUUUUGAAUUAGGCUUUGAGGGGUUGGUAAAAAUCUAAUGGGGGAGGGAAGAGGGCGGACAGUCUAUUCCUCCCUCCCAGAGAGAACACUGACCAUUCUUCUCUGAGCCUCCAUCCCCAGCUGUGUGGCAGAGUGAAUAAUGCCUGCUAUAAGGAUAAGAGGAAAUAACACAUGUCAGCAUCUCCCUUAGGACCUGGAACAUGGUGGAUGCUUAAUAAUACUUUAGUUACUUCCCAUCUCUACCUUUCCUUUCCCUUCCUUCCUCCACAACCCCCUUUUAUUUCCUGGCCAAGGCCCAGGCCCCCCUCUCCAUAACCGGGAGAGUAGAGAAGUCCAUUGGGUUUCUCCAGGUGUCAUCACUGGAGAGCUGCUAGCAAAUAUUAGACUAUCUAUCAAAGGAAGUAGGGAGCCAUGGAGAAUUUUUGAUCAGGGGAGUGCUAGGUAGGAAGCCAGGGCAGGAAAAUGGCAUCGCUGGGAGCUGGAUGGAGGGGCUGAAGUAUUAGAGGACAAGAAGGGCCUUGUGGGGAGGUAGGGUCUUUCUUCAGGAGUUUGCUGGUAUCUGGGGACCCAUUUGUAAACUUGGUGUGGAGGCUCUGUGGGCCCAGAAGGGCCUGAACCAGGUGUGGCGGGUAGGGGACAAAAGCCGGGCCCAGCUCUCCGGCAGCUGACCAGGCAGGGCU